CCCCAAACAAUAGCAUGAUGUGUUAUUCCUUCAUCAUCAUCUUCCCCUUCUUCCCUAUAAAUGGGGUACCAAUUUCUCCUUCAUCUAACCACCAAACUCUUUCAUUUUUCUUCUAUUCUACUCCUUGUUGUAUGGAGAAAAAUCCGCAAGUGAUCGCCGCCGUUAAAGUCUUCAGAGGUAGCCACGGUUCUUGCCGGAAGUUUCCCCGGAAAGUUGAAUGAAGAAAACAUCCCCUGUGCAAAUCAGCCCACUUCUUCAAACGGUUCGCGAUUUCGUUGAGUAACGAAGAAGAUAUGGCCCAAAAACCAGGGCUGGCUAGAGUCAUGUCGUCCUCUGAUAGCCAGAAUGUGUCCGGUCAGUCUUAUGGAUCGGGCUCUCAGCCCUCUUCCUCUUCUCACUUUGAAUCUUCUUCUCCUCCUCCUACUCCUUUGAUCCGUCGCCCCUCCCAACACUCUAACUCUCAGGCCCGGGAAAUAAUUGCCCAGGAGCAUGUCCCUUUGAAUCAACUGCCCGGUCGAUUCAAUCCCAAGGUCCUCAGCUGGGAGCAAUGGGAAGAACGACUGGGAUCUUUGGGCUUCCUAGCCCUUGAUGUUAGACCGGUCUUCAAAGAGUCUUCUAGGGUUACCAAAAAGGUUCUGGCCGAGGUCCGUACCAUCCUCCCACCGGGCUACAAUGUCCUUUCCAAAACCACCUGGCCCAACAUCAUUGAACCCCACCAGGGAACCCGGUUGGGUUUUCAUGUUGCUUCUCUGGAGGGAGUCUUGCCCGGGACUAGUAACUGCCCGGGCUUCGUCUAUUUCCAUUCUCGUAAUAAGAGAUCUUUUGUUACCGGUCUUCCCCCUAGUCACAAAAGAUGGAAGAAAAGAUUUGUUUUUGUUGAAUUCCCCCCUGGCCAAUUUCCUUUCUCAAACCCUGAGUGGGCUGACCGGGUUAUAAAACCUGAAAGGGUUCAUCCGGAGCCCACUAAAGAUCUUGAGGACGCCUGCGAGAAACUUCUCAAGGGUGAUCCUGUGACCGGGAAACCUUAUGCCUAUGGGGGCUGGGUAUUGCGGCUACCUAACCCGGAUGGGGGUGCGUCUGCGACCCAUGACGCUGAGGAUAACCGGGCUGAUUCCCCGGAUGGUCACGCUGAGGCCGGCUCUCCUCAUCCAGACAUGAACUUCAACAGGAUGACCACCAUCAUUGAAGAUGACGAAGAUGAUGUCCAAGUCCUCCACUCCAACCGGUCUCCUCUCUCUAACUCUCCUUCUCCUCCUCACUUCCCUGGAAUGGAUGGGGCCAUAAGUGCCCGGUGUAGCCCUAUCCAUGAGCAGAGCCAGAAGCUGAAAUCUCCUUCAGCCAGGCAUCAUUCUGAGGUUGACUGGGCUAAUCCCAGGUCCAAUCAGGCCGGGGUCAUUUUAGAGGAGAUUGGCCAAACAUUAAAGGAGAAGGACCAGGUCUCCCAACUCACCCUCCUCCUUGAUUAUGCUAAGUUAGAGAUCAAUGACCGGGCAGAAAGGGAGAGGAGACUUGAGGAAGAGUUGAAGGAAGAAAGGGCCCGGUUUGCCCUUUUGGAGGAGGAAAGGAAGAGAAAGGUUGCCAAGCUCGAGGAUGCGCUGGGCCAGGCUGAAGAAUCUGCCCGGGCAAAGGAGGAAGCCUUUCCCACUGAAGCUGCUCACUGGGCUGCAAGCCAUCACCUGGAAAUUGCCCGGUCAAUUUUCACCACACCGGAAGAAACCAUGGACUUUUUCAAGACCAUGUAUCAAGAACCGGAAGGCAAGAGGAUGAUCACCGAGAUUGGCUCGUAUGGCUUCCAGUGUGGCCAGAAGGAUGAGAGGUCCCUCCUUUAUGCCAGACUUCUAAAGAGGGACCCUUCCUUUGACCCGGCCAAGAUGAAGCUCCCGGCUCUAUACAAGGAAGAGCCAGCUCCCCCCUUUCCCCUAGAGUAGGUUAGGGUUUGAAUUCAAAAACUUUAAAUUUUCCCAAGGCCUGGGGGAUGUCUGGCCUACUUCUGACUUGUGUAAUAUUAUCUUUUGUUUGGCAUGGUUUUCAAUUUACCAGCUUGCUUCUUCUUUUAGUUUGCAUGGUUGAAUUCCUUUUCUAUGCAUGGUUAUUGCUUUUCUUUUCUUUUUCUUGAUCGCCUUUGAAUGAACUUCCAAGUCAAUA